AUGCUGCUUUUAUCUAUCUAUCUAUCUAUCUAUCUAUCUAUCUAUCUAUCUAUCUAUCUAUCUAUCUAUUUGACACCUAGAUUUUCUAUCUAUCUAUCUAUCUAUCUAUCUAUCUAUCUAUCUAUCUAUCUAUCUAUCUAUCUAUCUAUCUAUCUGUCUAUGUUUUGGAUUCAUGCAGCCCAAGCAUUGUACUCAAUCGGAUUUGCAUGUGGCCUCAUUAGUUUGAUGAUCGCUACAGUGGCACUCUGCUGUAACUGUAAUAGCAACGCACACAAGGCAGUUGCCGUUUUGCUUAUGAUUGCAGUCCUGUGUAUGGGAGUCUGUCUUAUUAUUUAUGGCAUCCAGAUGAAUAAGCAGUAUAAAGCUGGCCUAACCUGGAGGGAGGAGUCUCGCGCCAAGAUUUGUUGGUCAUUCUGGCUGGGGAUCGGCGCAUGUGCAGUAACUUUCCUCACGUCUAUUAUCUACGCAUGUGAGGGCCGUUUUCACCAAUACGACACAGAUUACUGA